CAGUACAAGACUGCACUGUGCAAGCUGUGUCUAUGGUCAGCUAAUCUUCCCGCGCUGCCGCAGUUGAUGCGCGAACGACUGUUGCUGUUAGUGGAGUCAGGAAAAAGUGGGUCUAAUUCAGGGCAGCAGCGCCGAUGACGGCAGGUGCCCAAGCCCUACCUUCGUUCGAGGGAGUGAAUUGUACUGUUGUGUCCGAUGAGCUGAAGCAGCCGCCCCUUCCGCGAUGGCACAGUUCGCCGUCACCUCCAAUCUCCACCACAUUGACCGGACCAGUGGAGCCACGGCUUGAGCCUCAAGUCAUGGCAGCGAGCCCAGUUGCUUUCACUUGCAUGCCUCCGACGCUUCCUCCCGCUCCCACCCAUGACACCACGGCAAGCUCACGAUGGUCGACUCUCGGAAUGCUCUUGAUGAGCUGACAGCCUGCCUGACUAUCGACAAACUCCUGGAUCUUGCACGCCGGUCCUCAGAGACGUACAAGCAUCUCGCAAAGACCUCAACGAAGCAUUUUCUCGUCACUCCUGUGACUGCCCUGCCUACCGGAAAAGAGCAGGGGAAAUUUCUCGCUAUCGAUGUUGGAGGGUCAAACCUGCGAGUUGGAUUCAUCGAGCUGGUAGGCGAGGCAGCGAAACCCAGCCCUGAUAGUCACCGGAUCCAAGAUGAUGUUUCUAGGACGAUCAAGAGGAGCUUUGACAAGAGCUGGUCCAUUGAAGACCACUUGAAAAUGGACCAACCGGAGGACCUCUUCAAGUGGGUAGGGGACUGUAUGGCCGAGGUGAUCCGGGAAGCUAUCAACAGCAACUCGAUCCUAAAAGAUCAAGAGAUAUUGCUGGGUGUCACCUUCAGUUUUCCUAUGGCACAGACGAGGCUGUCAGAAGCUACGCUGUUACCCAUGGGAAAAGGGUUCGCAAUCACUACUAACCUGAACCUGGGCCAGAUGCUUCUGAACGGCUACGCACGCCAUUGCUCGGCCCCUCACACAGAAGCAGACCCUAACUCAGCAGGAGGGCCAAGCAGCAGCAGCAGUGGCAGUCUCGGCAACAGUCACGCAGUUCUACCCAUGAUACGAGUCGCAGCGAUUACCAACGACACAGUGGCGACUUUCAUCUCCUUGGCGUACGCCGCAAAGGCUACACCGCACAGUCGCGUUGCACUAGGUCUAAUAGUCGGCACAGGAACGAACGCCACUGUACCUAUGAAGCUAGAGGAUCUCCACCCCGAGAAGCAGAGUCAGCUUCAAGAUCACGCAUCAACAGACAAUGUUGUCAUAAAUACCGAAUGGACCAUCUGUGGGACAGAUAAGCCACUCGAAGAUCUUGGGAUCAAGACAAAGUGGGACAGAAUGCUCGACGAAAACAGCGAAGCACCAGGCUUCCAGCCAUUCGAGUACAUGACAUCCGGCCGCUAUCUAGGAGAAAUCGUGCGCCUGGCUUUCGUCGACGCGACCUCGACUGCGAAUGACAUAACAGACAUCCCUGUCAAAUUGCAGCAGAAGAAUGCCAUACCCACGCGCUUCUUGUCCGAGGUUGUUGCACACGCAGAUGAGGCAACGUUGCUAAGCCAGCUGAACAAGCAAUACCCCACAAACGAAGCAGAUGAUGGCAGCUUCUGGAGCCCUCGAAGAGUACGACUACUCCGCGACCUCGCACGAGCUGUCCAACAACGCUCGUCAGCGCUGAUAGCAGCUGCAUGCAUUGGCCUUCUGGACUGCGUUGGCGACAUCGACCUCGCCAAGGAAUCCAUCAAAACCAAGAACAGUGAAUGUUACGAAGAGCUCGUCAUUGCCUACACUGGAGGCACAAUCUCACAGUACCCGCAAUGGCUUCCAGACUGCCAAGCGUGGAUAGACAAGCUGGUCGCUGCAUCUGCGUCUGCCCCAUUGAAGAUGGUCGUGCUGAAGGAAGCAUUGGAUGGAGGAAUUAUCGGCGCUGGCGUACUGGCGAGCAUGGGCAACAGAAUUGCUUGAAGGACUGGUGAAAAGUGUGUGGCGACUUUCUCCUUGAUGUGCACAUGAGUUUAGACUCGAGAUCUGAACGAUAACAAUGAACGGAUUUCCACGCCUAUGUUGGCCCCUCGAAUUAUAUGCUAAUUUCGACCGUCACCUUCAAUGAAUUAAUCCCCACACGGUCAGUGAAGAGGUCCUCCACAGCCACACACCCAUAU